AUGACCGACAAAAUGAAUUACAACAAGCCGCGGAAACUCUCAGAUGCGACCGAGUCGACCCAAUCCGCCACAUCCUCCCCAAUAUCCCCUGCCAGCUCUCCGCAACCAAUGCCUGGGGGUCGUCCUGGGUUUCGCAUUAUGCCCCGCACCUCGUCCAUCGAUUCUGCGAUUUCUUCCCUUUCCUCGGCAUCCCAGCCUCACAAGUCCACAUUCGAUGCCAACGCGUUAAGUCAGGCUGAUAUCGCAAACCUCAUAGCUACUGCGGGCUCCGCCGAGUCUGUGAUUGUACAUCUGCUCAAGGAGAAACACCACGCUGCAUCUCAGAAUUCACAGCUUUGGAGACUGGUCGAUAAGCAGCGGGCACUCAUCCUUGGCUUGAACAAGGAUCUUGAGCGUGCGUUGAAGGAAAAGGAGCGAUACAAAAAGAAGAUGAAAGAAUUGCAAAAUUCGGUGCCACCGGUGCCCUCAGUAGAUGACCAAAUCUUCCCACCGCAGGCUGGCGAAAGCAGUGAUAUUCGUCAUGAUCGCGAAUCUCCCAACCAAAUUCAGCCGCAGAAUCAGCCGAAACCCCAGCACUCGUCCAGAGUGGUGGAAAAGUCCUUGAGAAUCGAGACUAGAUCAACGCCUAGCGCAGCUGGAUCGCAAAACUCAGCCGAGAACGAUUCACCUAUUGACCCUCGUAAAGAUUGCUCACAGGCAACCCCUAGGGAUGACUUGGAAAAUCCGCAAUCGAUGUCAUAUACUACACAUGAUCCAUUGGCCGCAAGCCCGAAAUCUUUCACGAGUUCCAAGUCUACUGGCAAUGAUCCCCUAUCUGGCGAAGGCAAGCAAAGCAGAUCCUUGCAUCAAAUUCGAAAGGCGCCCCCCGCACCCUUGAACCUCGAAAAACAACCCCAUCGUACAGCCGCACAAAACACCGCCGUGUACGAUUCAGACUCUGAAUAUGAGGAUGUUCUUGCGGUGGAGGAAGUGUCUAUCGAGCGCGGGAGGAGGAAAACUAGGGAUGACGAUGAUCGACAGCGCGAAGCGGCCUUGGGGAAAGACAAGGAGUUUCACAGUGUGCCGGAGAAGAAGAAGCCCCAACCGCUCCAAACCCCUGGUGCUUUCGAUUCUUUCGGCGAUGGGCAUACGAUGUCUGCUGGAAUACCGUCAAGGUCGCGACAGGCGGUUGCACAAUCCCCGCCGCUUGUUGAACGUUCUGAAUCCCUGGCAUCUAUACUGAGCCCUCGUUUGACAAACGCAACACCAUUUAGCGAUCGUACCGUUUUGUCCGCUCCCAAAAGUCCCGGACUGCCCAUGAGUCCAAGACCUGAAGAUCGACCUAUUGGCUCCCCACUACCGCGAAUGCCCAGAGAAAUUCCCAGUUCUUUGGCCUCCAUGCCCAUGUCUUCGAGCGAUGGCCUUGCGGGAUUAGCUCUUACACCUCGAGCAGCUAAGCAUCAAUAUCCAUUUGGACCAGGCAACCCUGUUACAACAGGAACUGACUCUUACCCCCCCCUUGACUAUGACAAUCAGCCCAUUCCUUCCAUUGAUGCUGCUGUCCAAAUAGAUAGCCCCAGGUCACCAAAUAUUACGAACGGCGGUAUUUAUCAAGGCUUGGUAUCCGACGACCAUCCUAAUCUGCUUUUGCCUCCGAAUGCUCUUCCUUUUAUCGAAGUGAGAGUGUCAUCUUCACGUCUUCGGCCUUCCAGGAAUAGUUACAUGGCAUCAAGGCCAGCCGAGGAGGAGCCAGUCUUUACAUUAAGUGUCUUUUCGCGGUCUGAAAACUCAGAGCUCUGGCGUGUGGAAAAAGUCAUUGCGGCUCUCCCCCAAUUAGAUCAGCAGAUGAGACAACUGUCCUCUUUUGCGGGAAAGUUGCCUGAUAAGGCCAUGUUCAGCGGACACUCCCCUGCCAAGGUGGAUGCAAGACGUGCAGCUCUAAAUUGUUAUUUUGAGGCUCUUCUUGAUACUCCUAUGGAUGAGAAGGCUGCCUUGAUUAUUUGCCAGUUCCUUACUUGCGAUGCUAUUGAACCCCGAGAUGAUGAGACCAGCUUACUGAAAAGCAAUAAUCAAGUGAAAUCUGAAAUCCUACGGGGCCCGGAUGGGAAACCCAGGAAAGAAGGCUACCUCACUAAGAGAGGAAAGAAUUUUGGCGGGUGGAAAGCGAGAUAUUUUAUUCUGCAUGGCCCAGAACUCAAAUACUUUGAGUCCCCGGGUGGUCCUCAUCUCGGGACCAUCAAACUCUACAGUGCUCAGAUUGGCAAGCAAUCGCAGAACACAAAUGCUCAGAGUAAUUCUCCUUCACGUGGCGAGGAUGAUUCUGAUAAUCAAUACCGCCAUGCGUUCCUCAUUUUGGAACCGAAGAAGAAAGACUCAUCCGCUCUCGUUCGACAUGUCCUAUGCGCCGAGAGCGAUGAAGAAAGAGAUGCUUGGGUCGAAGCACUUCUGGAGUAUGUUGAAGGGCACUCCUCGGAGAGCGAGGGCUUUAAUAUCAUACCUUCGGCCAAUCAACCCCAAGCAACCGGAAAGCAAGCCACCAGUUCCAAUCCCAAGUCCAGGUUUUUUACUAAUGGAAGUAAAAGAAACGGCAAGGGAGUUGAGAGUCCAGAAUUGGAUGGGCCUGAAACCGUUCAAGGAUUCAGUUUUGACGAUGCAGUUCCUGCGGAGCCCCCGGUUCUUGGGGCAUCUUUCGACAGACAGCCACCAAAAUCCCCACAAAUACCGCCAGGAAUCUUAACGGAUUCCGCAGACCCAAAUCAGGCUGCAGGUAAUACUGAUUUUGGACACCUCACAUCACACCCCUCCAAGGUAAUUUCAGGACCCACAAACGGUGCAAAGAUUCAAGAUGCAGGGGCUUGGGGCAAUAAAGCGGCUGCUAGUAACCCAACUUCUACCAAGGAAAAGAAACGCAGCAUCUGGGGUUUCCGUACAAGAUCAUCGUUUGAUCUUGCUUCGCAACUCCAGGCCAGCCAUGAGGCUUCUAUGACGCAAGCUCAGAGCAGCACUCCGAUUGACAGAAAUUUUGUUAGGCCUGUCUUUGGAAUUCCAUUGGCAGAAGCAGUGCAUUUUUGUCCGCCACAAGGCGUAGACGCCGACUUACCAGCUGUUGUUUAUCGCUGCAUUGAGUAUCUUGAAGCCAAGGGAGCAGCAUUAGAGGAGGGUAUAUUUCGGCUAAGUGGGUCAAAUGUUGUCGUCAAAGCGCUCAAGGAACGAUUCAACACCGAAGGCGACGUUGACUUCCUCGCUGGAGAUCAGUACUAUGAUGUUCACGCAGUGGCCUCUCUUUUCAAACAGUACCUGCGAGAGCUUCCCUCGACAGUCUUAACCCGCGAGCUUCAUUUAGAAUUCCUGCGUGUGCUUGAGCUUGGUGAGCGGCAUAAGAAAAUCGCGGCAUUCAAUGUCCUUGUACACAGACUCCCGAAGUCGAAUCUUGCUCUGUUGCGAGCACUAGCGCAGUUUUUGAUUGUCAUUGUCAACAACUCCGAUAUCAAUAAAAUGACGGUCAGAAACGUUGGUAUUGUCUUCGCUCCAACACUUAACAUACCGGCUCCAGUAUUUUCGAUGUUCCUCACCGAUUUUGACAGUAUUUUCGGUGUCUCUCCCAGACAUAGUCUAGAAGGAACGGAGGUCGCCGCUGAUCGAUUUGUAUCCUCAGAAGAUGCUCGUUCUCCAAGACAUCAAAGGUUCUCGGACAUACCCACACCUGGUCCUCAUCAGACAACAUUCCGGAGACAAGAAGAUUUCCCUGAUACUGUGCCUGAGGAAUAUCCGACACAAAGUAACACUGGAUUCACCGUAAUGCAGCCGAGCUAUGAGCAAUUGUCUUACAUUCCAGAAAAUUACAACCAAAGCCAACCUAGCUCUCCAUCAGUGAACAGAAUGUUGACACCAAACUUCGAGAAUUCCCGCUCUGCCAAGGCAAAGAGGCGAGAGAGCUCUCUUCUUUUCAUGGAAGCCAACUAUCAAAAUACCUCCAUUCCAACGUCACGCGAGGACCAUGGCUUCGGUAAUUGA